AUGGCUGCUGGGAUUGAUGAUGUGGCGCUGUUCGGGCUGGUAUAUUGUAUCACAAUCAUCGCUAUCUUUUCAAUCGAUACGAUCGAAGCUGACCUCUCUACAAGGGACCGCAUACGGAUUCACCGGGAAUGGCUCGAAAGGCGGGCUGCGAAACGAUCGAAUGUCAGCGCUUUGAAUUCUCCUCCCGACGCGCUGGUAGCAACGACGACUCAGCGGACAACCUACAUGCGAAAGUUAAUCAAAUUCAAGAACGAAAACGAACCGCUGUCAGAGAAUGACAUUUCGUUCGUACCCCAUUUCGGUAACGGAGCGGAAAUCGGCAGUGGCAGUAAUGGGCCUGUUGGUGUCAAUAAUGAUUCCGCCUCGGCAAGCCCCAACAAGCAACAGGAUCGGCAUCAUCAUCUCGACCACCACUCUCAGCAGCGUUGGAAUUUUCAGCAGCACGGCAUCCAUGCAGCAUCCCGAACCAACGAGAAAGAAAUUUUGACAGACGAUGCCGCACGAUAUCGGUAUGAUGUCGUGUCUGCGCAAGAUAGUAACCAACAGGAGGAAGGUUCCGGUGGACGCACAGAAGAAUCACUGACGGCCCGACAUCCUCUGCCUGAAGCGGUUGUGGAUGAAAGCGAUACGAAACCUCUUGUGUACAUUAUGGAACCUCCAGUAACUUCGAUUCCCGAAGUACCCGAGGACUUUGGAGUUCCUGUACGCGGGCUGAGGGCUGACGAGUUUCCGGCCACUACAGCUACCCCCCAGGUUGAGGAGCUAACCGAGAAAAUUAAUGUCGCGGUCGGAUUGAACCACCAGAAGCUGAACGAGCGCAACCAGCACAAUGCUAUCGAUGCAAAUCCCUUAAAUAAUGAUUUGUCGGUCGGUUCGCACGACGCUACCGUUGCACCUGCAAGCAUAGCGCCCACCGACCUUAAAUCAGAUCCAAUUCCAACCCCAACGACGUGGGACACUGCUGAAGGAGCACUUUCGAGCAAGCAGGCCGUACCAAACGGUGUGGUCCGUUCGAGUGCGGAACCAUCCGGCGAAGAAGGGAAACUUAUUCUAAUAACAACCACGAACCAGGAUUCAGGCAAACAGGAAGCUGUUCAAGAGUCGGAUAUCGUGUUACCGGUGGGCUCUGCAGCCCUGUCAAUGAAUGUCACAGUGCGAAAUCUUUUCGGGCCAUGGAGUAACUGGACGGCCUGUUCGAGAUCGUGUGGAGGAGGGGUGAAGACUCAGGCUCGAAGCUGCUGGAAACGAGAGUACAUAAAUGGAAAAAGGAGUACCAAGCCCGCAGUUGAGAGUUUCGAAUGUAUCGGCAUCAUUAAGCGUUACCAUUUAUGCAACGAGCAGGAAUGUCCUAGCACCGAUGGCGAUUUCCGUGAACAGCAGUGUGCCAGUUUCAACAGCCAAACGUUCCAGGAUAAACGCUACAUUUGGGAAGCUUUUGUCAAGGAGGAUGCCGAAUGUGAAUUAAAUUGCAAACCGAUUGGUAUGCGCUAUUUUGCAACACUCAAUAAAACGGUCAUCGAUGGAACACCUUGCUCCAAACCAACCGAAUAUUUCCGCCGUAAUAACAGUGGCCGUGGGAUAUGCGUCGAAGGAUUGUGUAAGGCCGUUCACAACAGUGGCGUUAUUUCGGGCACGUUCAUGAACAAUGGCGCCGUCCGGUGCGGAACGACCGUUUGCCGUCCCAUUUCCGGUAUCUACACGAAGACCAACCCGAACAAUGGGUACGUUCACGUGGCCACCAUACCAGCCGGUGCGUCCAACAUCACGAUAACGGAGCUGCAGAACAGCCAGAACUAUCUCGCGCUGAAAACGAGUGAUCAACGGUUUUUCAUCAAUGGUGACUACACGAUUUCGCUCAGUGGACAUUACAUUGCCGCCGGGACCGUGUUCGAUUAUCGCCGAGUCGAUGGGCUGAACAACGGUUCGAACAGCAGCUUCCGGCACGUGGAAGGCAUCACCGAAUGGGUGACUGCGUUUGGGCCCACGAACGAGCCGGUACAGGUGUUUCUGCUUUCCCAGUCACCGAACCCGGGUAUCAAGUACGAAUAUCUGCUUCCCGUGAACGUCAACCCUACCGAACCUACAUCACAAGAAGAAAUUCCCAGUGCCGAAGCGGGAAAUGAAAUCUCGGAAAAAUCCAAUCUGCGAGUGCCAAAGCAGCGGUUGGUAAGUUCAGCCAACAACUCAAGUACGGGCCGGGUUGGUCAGCGUAAGCGUAAGUAUCUGUGGAAGGUGAUCGGAUUCAGUGCGUGCAGUAAGUCUUGUGGCGGAGGCAUCCAACAGCCCAUCAUCAAAUGUGUGCGCGAAUCUCCGACGCGCGUAUUUUCUGCCAAACGGUGUGCCCAUCUGCAGCAACCUGUACUGAACGAAAAUUUGCUACGCUGUAACACCCAACCCUGUCCUGCGUACUGGAAGCUUGGCGAAUGGGAACAGUGUAAUUGCGAGGAAAAGUACGACGAGGAGGUGUUCCGGACGCGCGAAGUCAAGUGCGUGCAAGAGCUUCUGUCCGGGAUUGUGAUACAGGUCAAUAAUGGUGCCUGUAUGGAAGAGCUCCCACCCAGCACGGAACGGUGUGAGUGCUCACGUGUGGUAAAACCAACGGCAGCGAGAACAGAAAAGCCACGGUACAAACCGACAGAAAGCCAACACCAGCACGAACACCGUGGCCACCGGGGCCAGCAUCAGCAUCAACACCACGAUCACCACAAUGGUGGCAGUCACAGUCACACCCAGAACGAUAUGGAGAAUGGGCCUAUGUCGAACGGAGGCUUUGUCGUUCCGCACAGUCGCCAGCGAACCGACAUAAACCACAUCAACUAUCGGGCAGAGUCGAAGAAAACUGGUGUCUGGUUGACCGCAAACUGGAGCACUCGGUGCUCUACCACCUGCGGUAUUGGUAUGCAGACCCGAUCGAUCUUCUGCGAUCGUAGCUCCUCGGUUAACUCGGAACGUUGCGAUCUGCGCAUGAUGCCGGAAACUUCACGCGAGUGCACCAGCAAUCGAGCUUGCGAAUUUGGCGAAUGGUUUGCCGGUCCUUGGACGCUGUGCUCCGGAGAUUGCUUCAAUCUGACACGCUCCAGAACAGUGCUCUGCAUCCGUAAUGAUCAUUUUGCACCAGAAAGUGAGUGUGAUGCCGAUCUACGACCGAAAUCGAUCGAACCAUGUGACACUGAAUCAUUCGAGGAAUGUAAACCCAGGUGGCACUUCUCCGAAUGGACUGAGUGUACCAAACCCUGUGGCGGUGGCAAUCAACGUCGGGUGAUUAAAUGUCUCGAGUUCAAUUUGCGCGACAAAUUGCUCCAGGAAUCGGGUGGCUGUCGCUACUCCGAUCGGCCCAUAUCUUACCGGGUGUGUAACGAAGAGUCCUGUCCGACAUCGACCGCGUCUCCCGCCACACCUGCCACAAUCAGAACGACUACGUACUCCACUUACACGACGACCAUGUCCGCGUCUUCAUCGGUGGAUCCGUACUACGAGACACGUCCGGACAUGAUGCCGAACGAUGAAACCUGCCGAGAUGAUUUCCCCAACUGUACGAUAGUGUUAAAGGCUAAAUUGUGCAACUAUGCGUACUACAGCCAGGCGUGUUGUCAGAUGUGCCGAACGCGGCAGAACGAACUGUACUAA